CUCUCUGCUUCCAGAGUAAAGUUGGAACAGAAAGGCGAAGCAGGGAUUGCAUCAGGAAUGCUGGCAGUUGAUGGUUUUCCUCCACUCUUGCGCAGACAGGGGGUGGGGUGCUCGGCUGAAACGGGGAGGAGAAAAAGGGGGGGACUAGUUGGGAAUCAUUCUUUGUCCUCACCCGCAGUACAACGCACAACUGGAGAAGGAAAGGGCUCCGUGAAGGGAAAGAAACACUGGAUGGCUUGAUACCAGAGCGGGAGGGCUUUAUUUUUAUAAAGAGAAAACCAAGAAAAAGCUCCCGACAACUUCACACAGCCGUUCAGAGAAACAAGGGGAUCUUAAAAUCACAGCUGAAGGUUUGAGAGGUUCCCUCCAGAUCCAGAAGCAAAAUGAGCUGGAGCUUCCUCACGCGUCUGUUGGAUGAGAUUUCCAACCACUCCACCUUUGUGGGCAAAAUCUGGCUCACCCUCCUCAUCGUCUUCCGGAUUGUACUCACAGCUGUCGGGGGGGAAUCCAUCUAUUAUGAUGAACAGAGUAAAUUUGUGUGUAACACACAACAACCCGGAUGUGAGAACGUGUGUUACGAUGCUUUCGCACCACUAUCACACAUCCGCUUCUGGGUGUUUCAGGUGAUUAUGAUCACCACCCCCACCAUCUUGUACCUUGGCUUUGCUAUGCAUAAGAUCGCCCGUAUGGAUGACGACGACUACAGGCCGCGAAGCAGGAAGAGAAUGCCGAUUGUAAGCCGAGGAACUAACCGGGACUAUGAGGAAGCAGAGGAUAACGGGGAGGAGGACCCCAUGAUCCUGGAGGAGAUUGAGCCGGAGAAAGACAAGGAAGUUGUUGAAAAGCCGAGCAAAAAGCAUGACGGACGUCGUCGCAUCAAACGUGAUGGCCUGAUGAAGGUCUACGUGUUUCAGCUGCUGUCACGUGCCCUCUUUGAGGCCUCGUUUCUGUUUGGGCAGUACGUCCUGUACGGAUUAGAAGUGGUUCCAUCAUAUGUGUGCACACGCUCUCCCUGCCCACACACUGUGGAUUGUUUUGUUUCACGUCCUACAGAGAAAACCAUCUUCCUCCUCAUCAUGUAUGCUGUCAGCGCGUUGUGUCUGCUCUUCACCGUGUUGGAGAUCCUCCACCUCGGCUUCAGCAGCAUCCGGGACUGCUUUUGUGCACCUCGGCCCAGACCUCCCACCCCACGUCACUCAGCUCUGGCCAGCCAGAGAUCCUCUAUCUGCCGCCAGCCCUCUGCACCUCCAGGCUACCACACGGCUCUCAAGAAGGACCCAUCAGGGAAGAUGGGCUUCAGGGACAACCUGGCAGACUCGGGGCGCGAGUCGUUUGGCGACGAGGCUUCAUCACGGGAGCUGGAAAGGCUGCGUAGACACCUAAAACUGGCCCAGCAGCAUCUGGAUCUGGCGUAUCAAAAUGGGGAGAGCAGCCCCUCACGCAGCAGCAGCCCAGAGUCCAACGGUACUGCAGUUGAACAGAACAGACUAAACUUUGCCCAGGAGAAGCAGAGCAGUACAUGUGAGAAAGGUCUCCGUGCAUAAGUUCUCAUCAGCCAAGAUGACACUAUAGAGCAGAGAAUGGACAAAAGGGAAUCAGAGUGAGUGUGUGUGUGUGUGUGUGUGUGUGUGACGAGAUGUCGGCUGAGGUGGAUGAAGUCAACCCAAGCCGUCCAGUGUUACGAUCAGCUGUGGUCGAGCAACAAAUCAAACGAGGAGGAGAGCGGUCAUCUCAACCCAGCAAUACUUGACUCCAGCCUGUCUGAAGAUCCAAAGUGCUUUCCAACUACCGUCAUGCAGUGAGAGCGGUUAUGGUCCACCUGCUUCUCCCUCAGGGCAGCUAUCCUUUUUUUUUUUUUUUACAAAUAUUUUUAUUAUGAGACUUAGAACUAUUAGUCAUUUCUACAAGCUUUCCUCUUCUGGAAGUUCGCAGUGAGUGCAUCUCAAGUUUGCCUUAGACCAAAACUGGAAGUCCGUUUUUAUAGCAUUUUGAUGAGGUAAGGCUAAGCCAAUUGUAGAGCAAAAAAACAUGGUGUAACUUUAAGAGUCUUUUGAGUGAGUGUGAUGCAAACAAAUGGUUCAUGGACAAGGCACCGGUCAUUAAAAGGUACUGGAAUAGUUGUCAUGCUGAUGAAGGCUUUUUGAGGUGUUAAUUUUCAAACAAAGGUUUCUUUCAAGUGUACAAUGUUUUAUUUUUUUUAUAGUUUAGAAAAUGUUGGCACUGCACCAGUCAACAUUCCCAAGCCUGGUGCCUUGAUGGUAACUGGAACACACUUGGGGUGCCUUUGUCCAAAGGAAUAAACAAACCUGGGUAAUGCUUGAAAAACAUGUAACUCUUGAUAUUGUAUUGUAUUGUUAAAACGUGUAUUUGAUACUGUUCUUUAUUUUUGUAUUAGUUUUGACUAUUGUGCUAUCGAAGAGGCUCUUGUCACUGUGGCUUUUUAAUUUGAAAAGGAAUGACAUUCACUGCUGUCUUAGCUCCCUAAAGCCAGAUUUAAUCCGAGACUGGUCUGUUCUGAAAAAGGUUCGGUACAGUUACAGUUCACACCCGACAGUUCUUUUAAUUUCAAUAAUCUGCAUCCCAGUUUCUUAUUCCCACAGUCGACCAGGUUACUUUCUCCUUUUCUGUUAAAGCUUAACUCUGUCUGUAUUUUGAAUAAGGGAUUUACUGUCUGUCAUGUUCAUGUCUUAAAGUGCUGAUUGUUGGAUCAAUGUUACCAGAGGUCAGGAAUCUCAGAAGUUGUAAAUGAUCUAAUCAUUUCAAUGUGAAUUCAAUGCCUUGAACGCGCUCUCCUAAGACUCCAUCUUUUGUAUUCUGAAUCAUACACACAGUGCCAUUAGUACCAACUCAAAUAUUGUCAUCUCAAGUUAUUUUUGAGCAAUGCUUUUUUGUACUUUUUAUACUUUUUGUAUUGAUAGUACUUUGUGGUUAGUUUUUACAAUAAAUUUUUACAACAAAUACCAACUUU